UCUCCCAAAAUAUCCUUACUUUUAUUAUUGUGUACCACUAACAAAUAUUCACAAAAAUGGUGGGGAAGAAGAAUAAUAUGAUGAGGCCAUGUUGCUGUGCCUGUGUGGUGUUAGUUUGCAUGAUUCUGGUGGGAAGUGCUUGGGGACAGAGUGAUACAAAUGUCAGAUCCACAUACCACCUGUACAACCCGCAGCAGAACAACUGGGACUUGCGGGCUGUUAGUGCCUACUGCGCCACAUGGGAUGCCGAUCAGCCCUUUGCAUGGCGCAGCAAAUAUGGCUGGACUGCCUUCUGCGGCCCUGUUGGCCCUACCGGACAAGAUGCUUGUGGAAAGUGCCUCUUGGUGACAAACACUAGGACAGGAGAUCAAGUAACAGUGAGGAUUGUGGAUCAGUGCAGCAACGGAGGCUUAGACUUGGACGUGAAUAUGUUUAACCAAAUUGACACCGACGGCAAUGGCAAUGCCCAAGGCCACCUUAUUGUCAACUACGACUUUGUUGACUGUGGUGACUAAAUUAUUCAAGCCUCUCCAUCUAAGCCCGUAAUACCCCCUAAUUAUUAGUUACCAGUUUUUAUAAAUAAGCUUCCUGAUGGAAUAAGUUGAAGUGCAAUUGCUUCUUCAAUAAUAACAAGCAUUAUAUAUGUAUUGAUAUGUAACCUUCGACCUUAUGAAUA